AUGCAAGAUCCUUUCAUCAUCCCGCCAAUUCCUUGGCUCCAACGCGCCACCCAGCCCGUCGCUGACUUUUUGUCGUUGCCCUCUCUCCCGCUCCACAUCCACGAAGUCUUGGCUGCUAGUCUCCUCUACGGCGUCAUAUACUACCCGCUCUCCCCGAUUCUUUCUCGACUAUUUCUCUCUCGUCAUUACAACCAACUCUCCCGUGCGAGAAAACUAAAUUGGGAUGCCCAUGUCGUAUCCCUUGUUCAAAGCUGCCUCAUCAAUGCGCUGGCCCUCUGGAUAAUAGUUGCCGACGAUGACCGCAAUGCCAUGACAUGGCAGGAGCGCAUAUGGGGUUAUACGGGAGCCAGCGCUAUGGUUCAGGCCCUCGCUACUGGCUACUUCUUAUGGGAUCUUAUCGUGACGUCCCGGAAUAUGGAUGUGUUUGGCCUAGGCACCCUUGCUCAUGCGGUCAGCGCCCUGGUUGUCUAUACCCUUGGAUUUCGUCCAUUCAUCAACUAUUAUGCAUGCACCUUUAUCCUCUGGGAGCUCUCUACACCAUUCUUGAACAUUCAUUGGUUCCUCGACAAACUAGGAAUGACCGGUUCCGCCCUUCAGCUGUACAACGGGCUACUUUUGAUAUCAAGUUUCUUCUUGUGUCGCCUCGUCUACGGGACUUACCAGUCCUACCUUGUCUUCAGAGAUAUAUGGUCCGCCGUCGGCGCACAUCCUGACCUGUCGUAUCUCGAUGGCCAAGAAGUAGCCACCCACACAAUGCGAUUUGCAACUAGUGAUAGCACCGUGCCUCUAUGGCUGGCAGUCUCCUACCUCGCCAGCAACCUGACCCUCAACAGUCUAAACUCCUACUGGUUCUACAAAAUGAUUCAAGCCCUGUAUAAGCGCUUUCAGGUUCCCAGCCCCGAAGUGCAAGGUGGAGAAAAGGCAGUUGGGAAAUCUACUGCCAUCAAAGAACCGCUUCUGCAGGCGAGACUGCGUCAGGGACUACCUGCCAAAGUCGAGCCGGAACUGGAUGUCGUUAUCUAG